AUGUUGAAGCUCUGUCUGCUUGCUGUCGUUGUUGUUAUCCUCCACGUGGAUUUAUCGAAUGCCUGUGGAUCUUCUACUGAUUCUGAAUACAUUGCUAAUCCAGUAUUCUCAAUGCAAAUCAGUCCGCCAGUCGGAUGGACAUACUUCCCUUCAACUCCGUCAGUUACAAGUCAAGCUAUUUGGUAUUUUGUUGGACAAUCAAAUGACACUUCAACUGCUAAAAACAGGGCUGAUGCUGAAUUGAAUGCUGCUAUGCUGGAAGCAUUGGUCGCUGCAAACGUUCAAACUCAAGGAGUAAAUAUUGCCAAUGAUUUCCAACCGAUUCAAGUCGAGAAUCCACAAACUACUACUCCAACUGGAAGUCUAUACGGAAAAGUGGAAGGAGGAGCACUUGUUGCGACGGCACCUGGAGUCACUACUGGAGCUAUAUUGACCUACACUCCAUACCACGUGACCCUCCGAGUAACUGUCAGCAAUGUCGGAGCAACUCGUUUCUACUGGAAUAUCGUUCAGAGCACUUUCCUCCAGAAGAUGGCAAUGAACUACAAAGCACAAUUCACUGGUGAUGUAACUGUCACCAAAGUAUAA